ACAAGCAAAUCAUAAAUUGAUAAAAAAUAUUAUCGACUUUGCAAUAAAUACAAAAAUAAUAUAAAUAGGUCAAGAGUUGCGUAUUUUCAGUUUACUUGGAAUUGUUUCACCAGUGAUCCUCAAGAUGGCGUACUUCGGCAAGGAAUUCAAAUUCGAGAAGGAAGAGAACUAUGAAGAGUUCAUCAAGUCAAUUUCUGCCGCUGACGAGACCGCCGCAGUGUUUUUGACCUUCAAGCCCAACUACAAGAUAGACAAGAAAGGCGACGAGUACGUCAUGACCCUCACCAACGGAGACUUCAAAAAGGAGAUCAGCUUCAAGCCUGGUGUGGCCUUCGAGGAGGACAUGAGCACUGGACUUAAGCCCACAACGGUGUUCACCGUUGAUGGAGACACCUUCACCCAGGUCCAAGACUACGGCAGCAAAGGAAAAAUCACCCUGAAGAGGGAGUUCUCCGCUAACCAAUUUAAAUUGACCAUCACAUCUAGUAAAUGGGACGGUGUCGCCUACAGAUACUACGUGCCCGCCUAAUUUAGAAUAAGUUAUUUCUAAAGAGAAUCGAUGUUUGACCAGUGAAAAAUAUCUGAGGUGGAAUUGUGUAAAGCAAUCGUUAUCAUUUGACAGUUCAUAACGUACGAUUAUUCUGUCAAAUGCUUUGUUUAACUGACUUUAUCGUACGUUAUGAACUGUCAAAUGAUUACGAUUGCUUUACACAAUUCCACUUCAUAUCUGUUGUAAUUUAUUGAAUAUUUAUAAAAACUAUAAUAUC